AUGGAUACCACCAGCAUAAUCCUCAUCUCCGUCUUCUCCACCCUCGUCUUCGUUCUUGCCCUCGUCGUCCUAUACUUCGUCCUACACCGCAAGGUCACCAUAAUUCCCCAAACCUCACAAUGGGGUUCCGCAUAUACAAUCCGAGAACGUCGCCCCUUUAUGGACCUUUUCCGUCGAAAGGACAAAAAGGGUCGGGCACCCAUUCCCCGCCGCGGCUCGGACGCUUGGGAUGCAAAUAUCUCCGAAGAAGAAUUGGGAAUCUUACGGCCAGCGCGUUCAAACCAUUCUCGGGCGCCUUCAGACCCUUUCCAAGACCCUUACGAUCCUCAUAUUCCCAGUAAUAUCCAAAACCGCAGUACAUCCUACAGUUCCACUAUUUCUCACGAUCCUUCCCAUCGACCAGCAUUACCCCAAGACUUCUCAGACGACGAAGAAUCAAGUCUACCACACUAUUCCGCCCCACCCCCCACGCAUGCCUACAGACCGGGAACUUCAACCCCUUCGACGUCAGUAGCGGAUACCUCACAACCACGGUUCACACCAACCUCCUCACCGCCCCGGCAUUCCCCGCCACCAAGUAUAAUCCACCACAUCGACUCCUUCCGUCUCGAAACCCUCGAAACCACAAUAACAGAUAUAAGGCUCACACUAGACUCAGCAAACACAAUAUUAACACAAGUUUCUGACUUAUCAUCAUUACCAGAAGAAGACGAUACACCACCUUUACUUACACCUGCCGAUCUAGCAAAAAUCAACGAAUUAAGCUCAUUAACCACCUUCCACACCGAAUUAUUACAACAACAACAGCAAACAGGUGGCAGGGGAAUAGACGCCUAUACAACCAAAUUACCUAAAUUCAAAACUUUGGUAGCACAGGGAAUGUCGAUCAUUAUGGCUGCCGAGGGCCGAAGAACAAAAGCAUUGGGUCAUUCGGGUCAUACACUUACCAGUAAUAGCGGCAAUACAUUCGCCAGCUUUUUUUCAAACGCUCCAAACCCCAGCAGUAGUUCAACCUCCGCUACUUCUGCACGUCCCCAGGAAGUCAAGAAAACACAACUCCUAAGCCGUUACGCCGACCUCAAGAAAACUGAGUCCUUUGCCAAAAACUCGUUAAGACAAAUAAUCGAACGUCGAGAAGCUCGCCGCGGGUCUCCCGGUAGUGAAAAUCGAGAAAUGGAGUUAGAGGUCAGAAUGUUAGGACUGAGAGCAUUCAGGGAAAGAGUCGUGGUGGGCAGAAAGUUGGGCGUGGAAGAUGAUGACGACGAAGGAGAAGAGAUCUGGGGACUUGAUGGUGUUGAUGGAGAAGUUGGAGGCGAGAGGGUGGUUGUUAGUCCUAUACCUCCUAGCGGGAGGACCGGGAGGACUCUCGUGAGGGAGGAGGAUGAAGAGGAAGGAGAGGUGCCAGUGCCUCCGCCGCCGGCCUAUGAUGAACGGCUGGAGAGAGAGAGGGAGGCAUUGUUGGACAGUAAGGAGUUAAAUUAA